AUGGUUGUUUAUGUCGAUAAAAACUUUUCACCAGCUUGUUUACUGGUUUUACUUCUUUUUGUUGUCUCAUCAUAUGCAAAGUUUAGUACCAUGGUUACAACAGAUGAGAUCCGCACCUUAUGCACCAAAGCAGGUGUCAAAUCUUCAUUGUGUUUUGAGGUUCUAAAAGCAACUCCUGAAAUUGCUAAACUAGAUUUUUCUGGUCUCGCCAAAUAUUUGAUUAAUUAUCAUGCUCAAAAUAUUUCGGAUACGCUGAAGCAAUUUAAAUUAUCAGGAGGCUAUAUACCGGAUAUUGAUUCUGAAUAUCGCUUAUGUAAAGAAUUAUAUAAAGAUGCUCUCGACAAAUGUCCUUAUGCCCUCAAAUAUUUGGCUGCCAAAGACUAUUACAACUUCAAAUUUAUGGUAGCUCAAACGAUGGGAGAUAUGAAUAAUUGUAUUUAUGAUGAGUUGUCAACAAUGAAGCCAGUACCACAAUUUUUUAUAACGAAAACUAAUGAUAUUCAAGAAAUUGGUUACUUUAUCAUAGUAUUUGUCGAUUGUUUCAUACUAAAUGAACCAAUAGACUGUGGUAAUUCUCGCGAUCUAUAAUUAUAAUAAUAUUUAGUAUGGUUCUUGUCUUUAUCCCUAAAAAAGUAAUAAAGAUGUAUGAUUUUAUCCCUAAAAAAGUAAUAAAGAUGUAUGAUUUUAUCCUUCACAUUUAUGUUUCGAAAAUAGCAAAUGCACCCUACGAUAAUCAAUCCUAGGGCUAGUUCAAAUCUAGUUAGAUUCUCAAACCAUUUUGCUACUUUAACAUUUUGACAGUAUCGUCAAUUUUA